AUUUGGAAAGACAGUGCAGACACAGAACGACAAAGUCCAACCAGCAGCAGAACACUGAGUUUCUUCAACCUUACGAUGGCACCUUGGAAGAGACCACAUAAAGUUGCACUGGUAAUUGUGAAUGCAGGUUUUGUGUGUUAUCUUGUGCACUUACUGCAAGAACAAAGAAAGGGACGACUUGAUUCCUUGGAAGUUAAUCCUAGAUUUCUGAGCCAAGAAUAUAACAUCCUUCAGAGACUGGACCAUUUGGACUGGAACAUUCAUAACCUCUCAAAAUCAGUGGAAGCAUUCCGUGAAGACAUAAAACAAAUAGAACAAGAUCUGAAGCUGCAAGAUAACUCCAAGACUGAAGUACGCAAAGCUGAUGACAUAGAGGAGGAAAAGAAGAUUGUACACCGUUUGCUGUACCCAGACUCAGCGUUGUUCAAAAGCUGGGGUACAGAUUUAAGGGAGGAGGAGCAAACUGUUGCACAGAAUUUGUUCUUAAAUUAUGGGUAUAAUGUUUACCUCAGUGAUCAUCUACCUCUGGAUCGACCUAUCAAAGACACCAGAUCUCCCAGCUGUAAAAUGAAAACAUACCCGAAAGAUCUUCCAACUCUCAGUGUUGUGCUUAUAUUUAUGAAUGAAGCCCUGUCAAUCAUCUUACGUGCAAUUACUAGUAUAAUUAACCGAACACCUUCUCAUUUAUUGAAAGAAAUCGUCCUGGUAGAUGAUUACAGCUCAAAUGAUGAUCUGAAAGGACCUUUGGAAACACACAUCAAAAAUUACAAUGCAAAGCAUCCUGGGCUGCUGAAGAUCAUCAGACAUCAGAAAAGACAAGGCUUAACACAAGCCCGGAUUUCUGGCUGGGAGGCAUCAACUGCAGAUGUUGUUGCAAUUUUGGAUGCCCAUAUUGAAGUGAAUGUGGCAUGGGCUGAACCUAUUUUGUCUCGACUAAAAGAAGACCGCACUGUUAUAAUAUCACCAGUAUUUGACAAUAUUCGUUUUGAUGACUUUGAGCUUCUUCAGUAUGCAGUGGCUGCAGACGGAUUUGACUGGGCACUCUGGUGCCUUUAUGAACCUUUACCAGCUGAGUGGUAUGCUCUGAAAGAUGAAACAGCUCCAGUCCGGAGCCCAUCUAUAAUGGGGAUUCUUGCUGCAGAUAGGAAAUUUCUGGGUGAGAUUGGUGUACUAGACAGUGGAAUGAACAUAUAUGGAGGAGAAAAUGUGGAACUUGGCCUGAGGGCCUGGCAGUGUGGAGGUAAAGUAGAAGUGCUGCCCUGUUCAAGAAUCGCUCAUUUAGAAAGAGCUCACAAGCCUUACUUGCCAGACUUGAGCAUCGCAGUGAAACGCAACGCCUUGCGGGUGGCUGAAGUAUGGAUGGAUGACUACAAGUACAUGGUUUACUUUGCAUGGAAUCUUCCAAUUGAGAAUCCUGGAAUAGACUUUGGAGAUGUUUCUUCCAGAAAAGAGCUAAGGAAAAAACUGAACUGUAAAGGCUUUGACUGGUACAUAAAAAACAUUUACCCUAAUUUAAUAUUUCUUCCCAACAUUGUUGGCUAUGGAACAAUGAAAAACACGUUGAAAGAAGACAUCUGUAUUGAUCAAGGGCCUGUCCCUGGAAACACACCAAUUAUGUAUCCCUGUCAUGCAUACUCACCACAGCACAUCUUUUAUCACAGCACUGGAGAAAUGUAUGUAGGAGGUUUACGGGCCCGGCAGAAUACAGUUGAUAGAUGCCUAACAGACCCUGGGAAUGGGGACCUACCAGUUUUAGAGCAAUGUGAUACAGCUGUGAAUAAAGGCCUGAAUUUGCACUGGGAUUUUAAGCAGGGAUCAGCCGUAAUCAACAGGAGCACUACAAGAUGCCUUGAAAUCACAGCAAACGAUCUGGUUUCUUACAGACUCGUAAUGCGGGCCUGCACAGGACAAAGGUGGAAUAUCCAACACACAGUCAAGGACUGGGGAAAGACAAAAGACCUGGAACAGAAGAGAGAGCACUCAAAGCAUUGACUAGGGGACAUUUUUCCUUGAAAAUUUCUACAUUCAUAAUGCAGCACUGAAAGCUGCAUCACUAGAGAGAAACGGCUAUGUCUAAGAGUGCUUCAACCCACCUGAGAUCCUUACGUUGUCCUUUGGAAGUGCCUGUCUCUGCUCAUUAAUGGAAGACCAGUGUAAGGUCUUUAACUUUCUAACUUUGCCAUUUCAGUUAGAUAUGAAAAUUCAGAAGAAAUUAAAGCAGGUCUGACUUCCUCUCGUACACAGAGUUUAUCUCAGGCUGGAUUGGACCAUUUCUCUUGUCCUGUGUCAUAUAGAUAAUGCAAAACUUCUUGUCAAGUUGUGCUCAUGCUAGUAUGUGAAAUGAAAUACAUCCCUGUUCUGUCCCUAUAAUUUGCCUGAACAUAAUUCAGUUUCUCGGUAAAGUUUAUUAGAUUCAUCAGUGUGCCACACUAAGGCUGUUUUAUAUUUACCUGUGUGAAGCUGGUUUGUGCCAGCCAGGUGGAAGCAUGCAUAAAAUCCAGUCACACCCUUGGAAACAAGAGGAUUCGACUCCAUAGUUUCCAAAAACCAAUACGAGGACAAUGCAGUAGAGUUUAUGUCUGUCAACGAAACUAAAUAAAAUACAGUAUGAGUUGCUAAUGAGAUGCAACUUCCAGGUAGACACGAUGUGAGUCCUCAUAGAAAUAGGGUUAGGUGGAACUGGCUGUCCUAAUUAUUAGA